GCGACUCUGGGUAUGUGACAACUCUGUCCGGACUUAAAAAUUCUCGGAAAAAAAAUCUGAAACAGUUUUGUGUGGUCAGAAUUUUUUUAGGACGCGCUGAAGUUUUGUGUAUUGGUUAUAAUAAAGAUAUGCUUUGCUAAUCUAUCGUAUUUACGAAAUAGCGUGGCAACGUCAAGAUUAUCUUUAAUGCUCGGCUGAAUUUAUGUAUUUUUUGGACAUCAAUCAGCUUUCUGGCUUGCCGCAGAGCUUGUUGGCUAGCUAGCUGACUACUUACAAGCAGAGAAGCAUGAGAGAGAGGUGAUACAACCGUCUAAAUCGUAAAAUAAAAUAAUAAACGUGAUGAUUUUCUGCGAAAGAAAUAUUCAUAAAUGAACAAACGACCAGGGUUGCAGAUUUUACAUUAGAAAAAUUGCCCCUGUAAUAUCACCACAACAUCCGUCUAGCCUCUUUCGGAUGUUGCGACCACGCUAGCUAGUUGACGUAUCUGUCUGUUACUUAAAAACCCAACCGACAAACACUAACAAGUUAUGCAUUGGAAAACGUUCAUUUUAAAUAGCUUUUUAGCUAUAUCUAGCUGGCUACACCAAGGAGGGUGAAUAUAAUUUGGCAGCAGAAGUGAAUGAUAAAAGCCUGAACCGAGCGCACAUGCGCAAUCGAACGUUGUGGUCAUCUGACAUUUUUUUAUUCGGGCCUGCAUCGUUGUGUGUGAAAAUGUGUUUCAAAGCCUGGAUAUUUACGUAACACGCAUGAAGGGUUGUCCUCCCGCCUUUUUUGUUCAGUAGACCAAUUCAAUAAGUUACUGUGAAACCAUUGCUUUAAUAAUUGGAAAUUUAGUUCAUGGACAAAGCUGAUUUAAAUAGUCCCGUCAACUUUAAUUUUAUUUUUACGAGUUGCGUUAAAUGUGGUGCAUAGUAACUACUCCAGCCAACGAGAGUUAAAAUUUGUUCGUGUGUAAAGUGAUAAUACCAUGAAUAAAACUUUAUCGAUGAAAUGGUUCAUUAUUUUAAAGAAUUGGUUACAGUGAAGUGUAUGGCUACAGAGUACAUUCAUGGCGCCUGCUUUAGUUGAGCAUCCAGCUUCCAAGGGGAGAAACUCUGUUAGCAAAAAGUUUUUGAACAACUUGAGUUGUAUACCCCAGUUAAGUUUAGUUUUAGCAGAUAAAUUAAGGUGUGUUGAUACUCCUAGCAUACUCAACGAAAAGAUGUUCGGUUCUACGAAAAUAUCAAAUAAUCAUACAGAGAAAAAUAAUUCUUUUGAGCCCAAACUUAUGGUGUCACCAUUGCAAGAUUCAUCUCUUAUUACAUCGUGUAGUACACCAUUAACUUCAAAGGAUUUUACAUUUGAGGCUCCAGUUAUAAACAAAAAGAACAACAUUAUUCAAGAAAAUGUAGAUACGUAUGAGAAGGCUAUUAAAACAAAUCACGUUAAUGAACAAUGUGCAACACUGAAAAGGCUUCAUCCAGCAGAGUCACCAGAUACAAAAGACGUAAUAAAUUACUUAAAACUUAAACAAGAUAAAGUGAAAGUUAAAUAUUAUGAUAUAAAUCAGAGUAUCAGUUCUAUUGAACUUUCGUUAAGAAAAUUAUGUUCGCGAAAUAUCAGUUCACAUGUUGCAUGUCAUUUAAGUAGGCAUGGUCAUAACACUGAUGAUUCUGGAACUAAGACCGAAAACUAUAAUACUUUAAGCCCUUGUUCACUUACAUCCGUGACUGAAAGUCCUGUAAACAAGCUUUUGGAAAGUCAAACACAAAAACUUUACGAGAUUCGGAAGAUUAAUGAUCUCACUGGAUAUCUUAAUAAUGAUACAGAUCAUGAAGAAGACUUUGAUUCAAGAGUAAGAGUGCCAGUUUCUCAUGGAAAAAAGAAAUCUCAACACCCUCCUCCAACAACUAGCGCUUUACACCAAUGGAAACAAAAGCGUGCAAAAAUUGGCUCACAGUGCACAUGGUUAAGUCUUCAAAUACACUCUCUUGAUAAAAAGAUUGAGAAGCUUGAUCAAAUAAAUAGAAAAUUAAAAAUAGAAAGACAUGCAAGUAAAAUGUUAAAUACUGAACCCUGUGAAAACAGAGUAAACACAGAACUGACUAACGAGAAAAAUGGUGUCAUACCGUUGUCAUCGUCAACAUCAAGCCUAGAUGAUCAAGUUAUGAUAAACCAUGGGUGUAGUAGGACUUCCCCAGUGUCAUUGUUGUAUUCACAUAAAUACAUCAGAAAUACUAUGUUACCUGAAGUGAAAGGCAGCUACAAAUGUCAUAAUUUACAGUCAUCGUUAACUUGUCGCUUGUGUGCUCAGACAAGAAGCCGGAGCUCACCCUGUGCUGCUACAGAUUGUCUUCAUGAAAUGUUAGAUGCAAGUUACCAUUCAAAUCUUUCAUAUGCCAAUGAUAUAUCUUUGUCAUAUUCUUUGGAAGAGACAUUAUGUACAAAAAGAAUAAAUACGAAAGUUACUAUAACGAAACCAACAAAGAAAAAAAAGAAACUGAAAGUAAAAGACAUACCACCGUCACUGUUGAAACAACCAGAAAAAGAGAAACUAAAAAACUCCGUGGUCGAAGAAAAAACACAUUCAAGAACAAAAAAUGAGCGUUCAAAGUCUGACGAAUACACUCGAAAGCGUUCUUUGACGUCCGAACACAGUUCGUCAGGUCGUGUUCGAAAGUUACGAAAAUUUUCUGAGUCGCUUAGUUGCGAUAGCUCGAAACCAUCGACGCCCACCAACGAACUAUCUAGUCCUUUGUCGCAGAGCUUAAAUUCGAGUGGUCUGUUUACGUCAUUUAACAAAAACAAGAAAAAACUCUCCUCUGGUGGUGAUUAUGACAUCAAUAACAUCGUUAUUCCGUACUCCAUUGCUGCUUCUACAAGGGUAGAGCGAAUUCAAUACAAAGAAAUUCCGACACCAGGAUGGAGAAAUAUCGAGGAUGAUUUACUUGACGAAGAAGUGGAGUUAGAGCGAGAACUAACUGAUGAAGAGGUGAUCUCUGAAAGACACGCACGGUGCGAAGUGUUGGAAAGGAAACGCUUUUGUGACUACUUCCAACCAUCUCGACGACCACGACCAAGCCGCUUAAGUGAGGGACAACUGUCAGAGCCGCCUUCACCCAUCGUUGUCGAUGAACCAGCUGGAACUCCUGCAGAUUCUCCUAAUCCAAAUUCUUUUAAAAUUUUCGAUCGUUCUUCUAAUCUGACUCCGUACAGCGAAGAAGAGAGAGAAUUGUCGUGGACUGCACGCAAAUUUCCGCUUAAUGAAAAGGAAAGCAAAGAAUUGACGAUAUUCCCUGACCUGCUGUCGCCUGUUGUAUCUCCGACAGAUUCAAAAACGUUGGCUUCUCUAAAGCAAGUUUCGCAUGCUUUGAUGAGGAGCAGUCGUACUCCGCGUCAUUCGCCAUUGCAAUCCCCCACAUUGCUCAGUAGUCCUGGUACUCCGACAGAGCAUGACUCAAAUUGGACGGUGAAAUUAUUAAAUGAUCCACCUAUAGAUGUUGUAACAUCAGAGAAGCAAAGGAAGGGCAUUGUUCUUAAACUUGCAAAAAAAUAACAUUUUCUGUUCUAUUGUUAUGUUGUGUGCCGUGUAAUUGUAAAUAUUCCAGUAAAAUGCUCGGUAUGCAAACACUUGUGAAGAUUAGAUUUACAAGUGCAAGUAAAUAAAAAAAUAAAUACGUAA